AUGAAUACUAAAAUUAUAACUACAUUUUGGAGAGCCCACAUUGAGAGUGUUACUAGCAUUGAUCUGGUUAAUGAGCAUAAUUUAAUAUUGACAUCGUCAUUAGAUUUCACUGUUAGAUUAUGGACCUUUGAUGGGGAGUAUGUUGGAACUUUUGGUCAACAAGAACCCUGGGAUAUCUAUAAUAGAUCCACAUUUGCACAUCCAAUGGUACCUUAUGAUGUUUUAGUAGAUCCACAGAGUCUACCAAAUCACCCAAUAUUAGACGGAAAACCAUCAGCUGCACAGAUCAUACAUGCAGAGUCGCUAGAAAACGGUGAAAACCAAUCAGAGGAAGAAGUCCCCUAUGAAAGGAAAGAAGAAAAACGGAAUGAUACUGUUGAUAUUACCAAUUACUUGGGUAUGAAAACCCAGUUUGUUUACGAUGAUGACAUGAUCCAAGAAGAAUUAAAAGCUAAACCUUAUUUGGACGGCACUGGAAAGAGACUGCGACAUGAGAAACAUAAACCACGUCCAAAAGACAGGGGAGGACCAAAUGCAUAUCAGAAUCUCAAAUGCUUUGAUUUAGAUGACACACCGCCAGUCAUACAGCGCAAAAUGCAGGAAAAGUCUGAUCAACUAUUUACACUUUAGCCAUGAAAUCAGGAUUUGAAUUAAACAUUUUUUUUUUUUUCCAUUCAUGUAUUUUUGUUUUUUGUAUAUAUGUAUCACCAUACAUCAGAAUCUACUUUACAUGAACUUACAUAAUGCCUUGCAUGUUCCAUCCACUUUGCAUAAACUUACAUAAUGCCUUGCAUGUUCCAUUCACUUUGCAUAAACUUACAUAAUGCCUUGCAUGUUUUAUCCACAAAGCAUAAACUUACAUGUACAUAAUGCCUUGCAUGUUCCAUCCACAAAGCAUAAACUUACAUAAUGCCUUGCAUGUUCCAUCCACAAAGCAUAAACUUACAUAAUGCCUUGCAUGUUCCAUCCACAAAGCAUAAACUUACAUAAUGCCUUGCAUGUUUUAUCCACAAAGCAUUAUUUUUAUUGGUAGAUAUUGACAUGGCAAUUCAUAUUUGUUGUAAUUUCGACAUUUUGUAUUUUUGUAAAUCUA